AUGUCAACAUCCUCAAUUGGGGAUAUUACUGUCAGAUCCGCAAAUGAUAUAUGCCCCGGCUCUAUUCCGACUACACAGACUGAUAUCCUCUUGACUUUCCCGCAGUCGCAAGAUGUCACCGCUUUUGACUCAGUUGGUGAAUCUCAACCAGCGCUGGCACCCCCGGGCUCGUCCAUUUUUAUGGAUGACUUCUGGUCUGACAGAAUCAGUCACGAAACGCUUGAUAAUUUGACAACCCCCCUAUCUCCGACACAUAAUGACAAUUUAGACAUGGCAUUAAUGGGCUUCCUAUCUCCGACAAUAUCAAGUCACCUGGGAAUUUAUACAUCUGAGACUGACAUCCGUUUGCUCAUAAACUUUAUGGAGGACAGUUUCUCCCGACAGUAUACCUUGAAUCGGGCACCUUUGGCCUUGCAAAAGAGCUGGCUACUAUAUUUGAUGCUUCGCUCUCCUACUUUUUACAACACGUCCCUGAGCAUGAGCGCAUAUUAUCUGUAUUUGAGUGAGUCUAAUAACACCAAUGCCCGGGAACUAGCCCUCAGGAACUACCAUAAAUAUCGAGAAAUGGCCAUCAGAGGUUUCGAUGGCCUGGACUCAACACUGCCCACUAUACAUGGGUGGGUAGUUAUAUGCGGUAUUCAUAUUGCUCUUUUAGAGGCACUCGGCAAGAACAUGCGAAGCUGUCAGUCAUACCUUAGACGUGUGGGACAAUUUUUCAUUGAGAAUGGAUAUUUGUUAUACACAAACUUGGUAGGCCAGCGCCGAAAUUCCGCUGCCUCACUGACAGCAUCAAAUGCACUGCCUCCAACGCCCGAUAUGUCCCCCCGUGUGGGCAUGUCACAACCCUCUCCCAUGGAACUUGAAGCUGCAGUUUUUUUCGCUGCCAAAUUCGUUUGGAAUGAUGUACUGUGUAGUGCAGUAGAAAAGAAGAUACCCUGUGCCCCCGAUACCCACCGGAAACUUCUUGCAGAUGACGAAUUCUCCUCGGUUUUCAAAGAUAUUACCGGCUGCGAGACGUGGAUCAUGACCGCCAUCAUGGAUGUCAGCGCGCUGGAAAUAAAGAAAGGGGAACAAUUGGCACAAGGAAACCUCAGCAUACGCGAACUAGCAAGCCAGGCAGACAAGAUUGAGAGAAUCGUGGAACGAGAAAUGGAAAGGCUAUCUAACAGCAUAAGCCUGCCGCAACAAUCUCAUGGCGAACCGCCCGACAAAACUUCGCCCCAUCAUCUUAUCCAGACUUUUAUAUUUGGUUAUGCCGUGCUAAUUCAUCUAAACACGGUUGUUUCUGGGGCCCUGACUGGAGUUCCCGAGAUUCAUCAGAACAUCAGCCGUGCAAUACUCGCAUGGGAGAUGCUCCCUUCAACGACGAGCCCAAGGUAUUUGGCAUGGGCGUAUAGCACCAGUGCGAGUCUUGCAACUGGCUCUCAACGAGAUGUAUUUCAAAAUGCCGUCGUGCAUAUGUCACAGCUUGAUGCCAACCUGGGUAGUCUCCGUGUUCUUUUCCCGGGCGCUUUACGCGCUGUUCCCAAACACAACAUCUCGGACUAG